AUGACCAGUGAUGGUCGAGAUAUUGAUGAUAGGACUGUACACCUGUCAUCGGAGGAACCAAGCACCAGUGGUUGUCCAGUCCAUGUUGACGACCACAGUGAUGUCCUUCAUUCUCCCAUCACUGCACCGACCCUCCAAACUCCAGACCAUGCUGCAGCUCAAAGUGUUGACGACGUCCCUACAGCCUGUGCCACGUCCGACUGUAGUGAGGAUGAUGUCCUUCAAGCUGCAGUGCCUUUGCUAGCUGACUUGUGUGCACGUGUUCUUCAGGACACUGAGCCACAGUCAUGCCAGCAGCAGGAUAUGGAGAAAACUGUGACUGGUCGAGAAAUUGAUGAUUGGACUGAAUACCUGUCAUCGGAGGAACCAAGCACCAGUGGCUGUCCAGUCCAUGUUGACGACCACAGUGUUGUCCUCUAUUCUCCCGACUGCAGUGAGGAUGAUGUCCUUCAAGCUGCAGUGCCUUUGCUAGCUAACUUGUGUGCACGUGUUCUUCGGGACACUGAGCCACAGUCAUGCCAGCUACAGAAUUUGGAGAAAACAGUGAUCGGUCGAGAAAUUGAUGAUUGGACUCAAUACCUGUCAUCGGAGGAACCAAGCACCAGUGGCUGUCCAGUCCAUGUUGACGACCAGAGUGUUGUCCUCUAUUCUCCCGACUGUAGUGAGGAUGAUGUCCUUCAAGUUGCAGUGCCUUUGCUAGCUAACUUGUGUGCACGUGUUCUUCGGGACACUGAGCCACAGUCAUGCCAGCUACAGAAUUUGGAGAAAACAGUGAUCGGUCGAGAUAUUGAUGAUAGGACUGAAUACCUGUUAUCGGAGGAACUAAGCACCAGUGGUUGUCCAGUCCGUGUUGACGACCACAGUGAUGUCCUCCAAUCUCCCAGCACUGAACUGACCCUCCAAACUCCAGACCAUGCUGCAGCUCAAAGUGUUGACGACGUCCCUACAGCCUGUGCCAGGUCCGACUGUAGUGAGGAUGAUGUCCUUCAAGCUGCAGUGCCAUCAGUUCCUCAGGAGAAGGAGAAAACAAUUUUCGUCAUCAAUUCACGCCAAUAUGAAGUUGGUGAUGAGCUCGGUGAAGGAGGUUUUGGAACCGUCUAUGCAGCGACUCGUUUGGAUGAUGGACUUCAGGUUGCAGUGAAAUACUGCUCGAUGUUCGACACAACGUUCAUCCGCAUUGAUGGUUUUGCUCAACCACUUCCAAUAGAAAUUGUUCUUCAAACCCUUGUGAAUCAAGGCCCAAGGGUUCCUGAAAUUAUUGAGCUUCUGGACUGGAAGGUGGAACGUGACUUCUACUGCAUGGUCCUGGAACGGCCCAUACCCUGUCAGCCCUUGAACAACUUCAUAGAAAGCUAUGUUGGGCCCAUUGAUGAAGAUGACAUACGGUUCAUCAUGAAACAGGUCGUAUUCGCAGCUCAAACUUGCUGCCAAAGAAAAGUGUUACACCGAGAUAUCAAGCUGGAGAACCUUCUGAUCAACCCGGACACCCUUGAGGUCAAAUUGAUUGACUUCGGGUGCGGGGAUAUCCUCGAAGAUGAGGCUUACACAGACUAUUCUGGCACAGCGGAGUAUCGUCCUCCUGAGUUUCUGGAGACUGGCAAAUACCACGGAGAACCAGCGACAGUGUGGUCUCUCGGAAUAGUCUUGUUUGUAAUGCUUUUCUGGAAGUUUCCAACAAGACGAGAACUGAAUACGAUCAUGAAUAAAGACAUAGAAGGCCUGUCAGAAGAAUGCUGCGAUUUUAUGCGCUGUUGUCUCAAGAUAGACCCCAGAGAGCGGAUUAAACUGGAGCGACUCAACCGCCACAGCUGGAUUAAGACCAACGAAGAGAAGAAGAGCAGCGAAAUAAUGGUCAUCAACUCAUCCUCUUAUGAACUUGGCGUUCUGCUGGGUAAAGGAGGCUUUGGACUUGUUCAAGCUGCAACCCGACUAGAGGAUGGCCUUCAGGUGGCAAUUAAAACUGCCUACACCGAGAACGUCAAGUUCAUCGACAUUGACGGCUAUCCGGAAUCACUUCCAAUGGAGGUUGCUCUUUUAGUUCUUGCAAACCAAGAGCCCGCAAUACAGGAAAUAAUUAAGCUUUUGGACUGGCGCGUGGAUGAGGACGAAUACAUCAUGGUCCUAGAGCGGCCUAUGCCCUCUGAAGAGCUGCUCUCCUUUCUCCUGCGCCAAGAGUCGAUCAUCGAUGAGGAUGGGGCACGGUUGAUCAUGUGGCAGGUAAUAUUUGCAGCUCAAACGUGCUGCAGACGCAAAGUCUUUCAUCGCGAUAUCAAGAUGGAGAACAUCCUGAUCAACCCGGACACCCUCGAAAUCAAACUGAUCGACUUUGGAUGCGGGGAAAUCCUCACCGAUGCUCCUUACACAAGUUUUGCUGGCACAGAUGACUAUGUCCCACCUGAGUAUCGGAUAACUGGCGAGUACCACGGUAAAACAACGACAGUGUGGUCUCUUGGGCUACUCCUUUAUGUGAUGAUGUGUGGAGAUUUUCCAAAUCGACACGACCUGCAAAUGAUCAGACGUAACAUCUGGACCAAAGAUCACUUGACAAAAGAAUGCUGUGAUUUGAUCCGCUGCUGUCUCCAGAUCGAGCCAGAGCAGCGAAUUGAACUUGAGAAACUGAGUCUCCAUGACUGGUUUACGGUAUUAUUUACAUUCUGAACAUUCUUUAAUAUUUGCACUCUUUUUUAUCUUCCUAAAUUUUCAUAAUUGUUUAAAAAUCUUUUUUAGAUGUUCUUUGGUUAAUAAUGCAUUAAAUAGCAGACCUCAAUUUUGUUUUUGUUUCAGCCUGAAGACCUGGAAAGACCUGCACCCGAGAACCGCAUCGUCCAUCAGCAGUCAGAGGAUCCCUCAUUUUUUAAUAUUCCCUUCUUUUUACUUGUUAGUUUUUUCUUUAGAUAUUAUUGUAUAUUUUAGUAUGACUGAUGAUAGUAGUUUUAAAAAAAACAUAAACACUUAAAAAAGGAAGUUGUAGCCAGCCAUGACAGCAACCCUGUGCCACCUCAAGACCAGAAAUCUUCAAGACCCCAGACUCAGGGACCGACUGAUUCAUCAGCUGUUACGGCAUCCCCAUAUUUUUAUUGUAUUUUUUAUUAAUUUAUUUUAUCAAUAAAUAUUUUGUUAUUUUCUGGAAAUACUAAUGGUAGUUGUGCAAUAAAAAAUUUUAAAAAAUGUUCGGCGACCAUGUAAGCAACCCAGUGCCGAAUGAAGAAAUGCUAUGUGAAAGCACCAUAGUGAUGUGCAGAGCUCUCAACCACUGCAAGACGAAUGCACAAUAUGCACAUCAACCAUGUACAUGGUACAUGCUGAACUGUACAUACAAAUUACCGACAUUUUUUAAAUAUAAAGUGAACAGGAAGUGUUUGUGGAACAACAGUGUUGCGACAGAACAUAAAAGAUCUUUGCCAGGGAACGCAAAACUAUUGCGAGGGAAAACAAAACCCUGGGAGGUAAAAACUUAAAAAUAGAUAUUUUCCUCCCACUGAGUUUUUUUUCCCACCAUCAUGUCCCUUCUGGGUCUCAGUAAAAUAGAAGGUACCAAACUGUAUGUUUAAUGUUCACUGUAAUGUGAUGUUUACUGUUGUAUUGUAUGUACAUUUUCUUUUUGUUCAAUAAAAAAUAUUGCACUCAGAAA